UAACCCCGAGCCCUGCAGAGGAGCCGGGACAGUUGCCCAGACCCGACGGAUGGAGGAGGUGCGGGAAGGACCGGCGCUCGGUGGCGGGAUGGAGGAACCCGCGAGCCCCCAGGAGCCGCCGUCGCCCGCGGCUCCCGAGACCCCCGGGCUCCCCGCGCCUGAGCAGCCGACCGAGGCCUACGCACAGCAGCUGCUGCUACAGGAGUGGGCGCCGCCGGGCGGGAGCCUGGAGCUGCCCCCGCGCCUCACCUGGAAGCUGCUCUUCCUGCAGCGGCCGCUCUACCGCAACCUGCUCCGCUCUCCCAACCCCGAAGGCAUCAACGUUUAUGAGCCAGCGCCCCCUACUGGUCCCACGCAGCAACCCCUGGAGACUCUGGGCAAUUUCCGCGGCUGGGACAUUAAGACGGAGAAGCUCCAGCAGGACCUCAGCUGGACCGUGAAGCAGCAGGAUGUGGACCUUCUGGCGGAGGGCUUGUGGGAGGAGCUGCUUGAUGUUGAGCGGCCACACAUCACGGUCAUGGACUGGUAUGAGGACAGCCGACUGGACGUGUGUGUGUAUGAGCUGCACGUCUGGCUGCUGGCAGCUGACCACCGCACAGUCAUCGCCCAGCACCACGUGGCCCCCCAGACCUCUGGGAGAGGCCCCCCCGGCCACUGGGUCCAGGUGUCCCACGUAUUCCGCCAGUACGGUCCUGGCGUCCGCUUUGUCCGCUUCCUGCACAAGACCAAGAACCGGAUGGAGCGCGGUGGGCUGCUGCGGACGAGGGUGACCAACUCCUCCGUGUCUGUGCAGUUCAGGGAGUGAUUGGCUGGCUCCGGGCCCGUUCUGACCCCUCGUCACAUCCAUCCACCCCUUGACACCUCCCUGAGCCCUUAGCAUCUUCUUGUUCCUUUAUCACUUCUGGCGUCUUAGCAUCUCUCUGACCCCAUAGCAGCUCCCUGACCCUUAGAAGUCCCUAACCCUUAGCACCUCCUUGACCCUUAAGCUUCCCCAUGUUCCCUGAGCGCCUCCCUGCUCCCUCUAAACCUUCAUGACCCCUCAGCUGCUCCUGGAUCACGUGCCACCUCCUAUGCCCCCGUAAUCCUGCCUGACCCUUGGUUUCUCAUUUGACAUCUUCACACAUCUUUGAAUGUCUGACUCUCUGGCAUUUUCCAUGAGGGCAGUGGCCACUUCUUCCUGAGUCAGUGCUUGACAGAUAGUAGGGGCUCAAUAAAUCUUUGCUGACUGAAUGAAUAAAUACAUGUGCCCAAGGA